AUGGCAGGCGGCAACAACAGAAAUGGAAAGAAGAAGGUGCUUGUUGUGGGAGCCGGCGCCGCUGGAAUGUCAGCCGCUCACCACCUUUCUGAACAUCCCGACAAGUUUGACGUUACCCUCAUCGACGCAGUAGAUUACUGUGGAGGCCAGGCGUUUUCUAUUGGAGUCGACAAGGAGCGCCAUGGAGCUGACUGGCUGAACCAAGGUGUUCAAGGUGGAAGCUACAUUUUCCAUCACACCAUGACAAUGUUUGCGAGACAAGGCCAUCAUGCUGAUCCCGUGGACCUUCAAGUCUCCUUUGGCAAAGACGAUAUCUUCUGGACUAAUGUCUUCCCGACCGAGCUUCUUGCGCGCCAUCAGAAGGAGAUCAAGAAGUUUCACACCAUGCUCAAGAUUGUUCGAUGGUUCGAGCUCAUCUUCGCGUUAAUCCCCAUCAAAAUUCUUUUUAAAAUGUUCUGGUUUUCUGAAGAGUUCACCAACACUGUCGCCAUGCCCAUGAUCGCGCUUUUCCUGGGAACCGGAAACGAGACACCAAACGUACCUAGCAUCAUUCUCGAAAGACUGGUUACUAGUCCAACAUAUGGAAUGUGGUAUCCAGGAGACAAGCACAGCGUUGCUAGCAACUUGCCGCCCAUGGUGGUUUUCCCCAAGUUCAGCGAAUUCUACGAGCGCUGGCGACAGGAUCUACUCAAGCGUGGCGUCAACGUCAGACUAUCAACAGAAAUUACACGAGUAAUGAAGCGAGACAAGACUGGCGUUACCGUAAGGCUGAUCAAGCGCACCCCAAUGCCUGAUGCGCAUAACCCUAAUAGUGCCAAUGUGCCUUACGACAAUGACCACAACGCCGACUCAAACGCGCAGGAGAAGGAAGAGCACUUUGACGAAUUGAUUCUCUGCGUGCUCGCCGACACAGCAAAACGUAUUCUAGAACCUACUGCCUCCUUCCGUGAGAAGAAGGUCCUCGGCUCCGCCAAGUUCUCUGACGACAUCACCGUCACCCAUUGGGACAGUGACUAUAUGCACAAGCACUAUGAGAACUUUUACGACCCAGAUAAGGCUGUCAAGAAGCUCUCUGACAUCGAUCAAACUGCGCGUAACACUAUGGCCGAGAAGUCCUUCAAGCCGAUGUACUACAUCAAAAUGUACCCCCAGGAUCGAUCAAAACUUGAAAUGUGCUUUGAUUGCACCAAUUACCAGAGUCAGUUUCCACCGGAGGUUCCCUUUGAAAAGCACAUCUUCCAGACUAUCUACUUGAAUAAGGAAAGAGACGGCCACCUCUGGAGUAUCGACGAGAUUAACAAGGACAAAAUUAUUCGCAAGGACUGGUGGCACCAGCUGUGCCAUUCCUGGACGCAUUACGUUUUCGUCGUCCCAUGGAUGUGGCUUCUACAGGGCCGAAAGCAUACUCGGUUUGCAGCGGCAUGGACACUCAUCAACGCCCAUGAGGUUGCGGUUAUGAGUGGAAUUGCUGCGGCUGUUGAUUUGGGUGCGCAGUAUCCUGCUGAUCUAGAGCGCGACAAGUUUGCUUUCUUGAGCUUCAGGCUAUACUACCUACUGGCAUAUGGAAAGUGGUAUAGCCGAAAGGCGACAAAGAAGACGAAGGAGGGACCGGGCAAGGACUGGGCAAGUGGUCUUUACGGUAGCGUCUACCGUGGUCCAGGUGUAAGCGAUAUUGAUAGACUACAAUGGAGGGAAGAGAACAACGUACAGGAUGUGCCGAUCAAGUACGGGUUCCCUUCUGAUAGUGGAAAGCGAUAG